CAUACACUACAAUCUCGUGAUUGCCUCCCCAUUCUUGGAACUCAAGUUUGAUCCUUACCAUCUGAUUCUUCUGACAUACACUACUAACUUGUUUACCAUCUUUCUGAUCUGCCAUCACCACUUCAAACAUCAUGGGCUCACAAGAAAGGCGUUUCAAUGUCAAAAAGAUCGCCAUUAUUGGGGCUGGUCCCUCUGGUCUCGCUGCCGCCAAGUACCUGAUCGCCCAAAAGGUCUUUGAAGACAUUGUCAUCUUUGAACGGCAAGACGAAGUGGGAGGGGCCUGGUACUACAGCAGGGAACCGACACACACCUUACAUGUGCCUCAAGUGAGCGCCUCCUGCCCUUCCGACCCUCCUCUUCAUCCCGAGGGCAAGCCUCCCGUCUUCCCCUCGCCCAUGUACGAGGUCUUGCACACCAACAUCCCACGCCAUCUGAUGCAGUUUUCAGACAAGCCGUUCCCCGAAGAUUCUCUCAUCUUUCCUUCCCGUGAGCUGGUGCAGGAGUAUUUGGUGGAGUAUGCCAAAGACAUCCGGCAUCUUGUCAGGUUUUCAACCUUGGUUCAAGAUGUCCGUCUAAGGCAGGAUAGCGACGGCCGGGAUCAGUGGGAUGUGGAUGCGCUGGCUCUGGAAACGGGCGAGGUCACCACUACUACCUAUGAUGCCGUUGUCGUGGCUUCGGGCCAUUACUACACCACCUAUCUUCCAGAUGUCAAGAACAUCGCCGAGUUCCACAAGGCGCAUCCGGAUGUCAUCACACAUUCCAAGCUGUACCGGACCCCCGAGCCCUUCGCAAACAAAAAAGUGAUCGUUGUUGGCAAUUCAGCGUCGGGCAUUGAUGUCGCGGCUCAGAUCAGCCGCGUCAGCCAGCAGCCAUUGCUUCUAUCGGUCCAUUCCGCUACACCACCGGCUCACUUGGAAUGGAUUCGCGCACAAGAAGUCCCGGCUAUUGAAGAGUUUCUGGUGGAGGAACGAGGUGUAAGGUUCGCGGAUGGACGGAUCGAGAAGGACGUCGAUGCUAUCGUAUACGCCACCGGCUACCUCUUCACCUUCCCUUUCCUGAAAUCGAUACAGCCCCCAUUGGUAACCGACGGGCGCCGCGUGUAUGGCCUAUACAAAGACCUGAUUUACAUUGAUCACCCAACAAUUGUGUUCCCGGGGCUUCCCAUCAAGGUUGUCCCCUUCCCCUUUACGGAAAGUCAGGCAGCGAUUUUCUCCCGGACAUGGGCGAACCUACUUCCGCUUCCCUCCGUGGAAGAAAUGAAGAAGUGGGAAGACGAAGAGGCAGAGAAAAGGGGGCAUGCUUUUCACGUUUGGCCCAAACUUGGCGAUGCCAACUUUAUCAAUGAGGUUCAUGACUGGAUCAAAAAGUCGGGCACUGAAGGGAAGGAGCCGCCUUAUUGGAACGGUGAGCUGAUCUGGCAAAGAGGAAUCUUCUUCGAGGCGAAGCUGCAGUUCGAGAUUGAUGGCCAAAAAGCCAAGUCCCUCGAGGAGCUCGGUUUCAGGUAUGAGCCUGAAGACAAAGAGCUCGCGAAGACGACGACGCCAACAAAGACUCUGCUGUGAAUGGUUCGGUGAGGCCUAAAUAGGAAAUCUUCUGGAAGUUUUAUGUCAAUGAGUGAGACACGCAGUAGUGUACCACCUGCCCAACGGCGCGUGGCAUUUGAGACACAAGUUCGUGUAAGACAAACAACGGGUUGAUAAGUG